GCCCCCAAAAGUCUGUGUUUUAUCUUCGUUUUUUUUUUCUGAAAAAAUCAAACGAUUGAAGGCUGAGAAAAUGUCUGCAGCAACAUGUCUUCCUCUCUACACUCCUACGCCUUCCUUCUUCAUAUCCCAAAGCUCUAAACCUAAAGCCUUCAGCUUUUCCAAAGCUUCCAAGAAUUCUACCAUAAUAUGCAAGGCUUCUUCUUCUUCUUCUUCAUGGAUAACUGAUUUGGAUUUAUAUGAUCUUCUGGGUUUAGACAGCUCUUCCGAUCAGUCACAGAUUAAAUCAGCUUACCGGAAGUUGCAGAAACGGUGUCACCCUGAUAUCGCCGGUGCUGCAGGACACGACAUGGCUAUUAUACUUAACCAAGCUUAUUCUGUUUUAUCUGAUCCUAAUUCACGACUCGCUUAUGACAAGGAGCAAGAAAAGAUGGCGGAGCUGAAAGGGUACACAGGGAAACCCACAUACUCAGUGUGGAUGGGAUCAGAAAUUGAAGAACGAGCAGUAUUUGUUGAUGAAGUGAAGUGUGUUGGUUGCUUAAAAUGCGCCCUGUUUGCCGAAAAGACAUUCGCCAUUGAAUCUGUUUAUGGAAGAGCUCGAGUGGUUGCUCAAUGGGCUGAUCCCGAAAACAAAAUCAUCCAGGCCAUUGAAGCUUGUCCAGUUGACUGCAUUUCGAUGGUGGAGAAAUCAGACCUAGCAGCUCUUGAGUUCCUGAUGUCUAAGCAACCGCGAGGCAAUGUUCGAGUUGGUGCAGGAAAUUCAGCAGGUACCCGGGUCUCAAACAUAUUUGUAGAUGUCAAGAAAUUCCAGACAAGAUUUACAGAUGCCAAAAAGAAAGCUGAUCAUAACCAAAGUUGUACAGAGAUUGAUCUGGAAAGAGAAUCAAGAAUUUCAGCAGUUCAGGCUAUCAGAUCAUUUUCAAAUUGGUUAUAUUGGCAAUAUUCACCCACACCCACAUCAAAUUCACUACAAAAGUUGAAAUUUGUUGAGCUGAAAUCACCAGAACCAGAUCAUCUUAGUAAGCUCCGUGAUGUCGCUGCUGCAAGAAAAAAAGCAAGACAAAAUAAUCCAACACCAUCAGCUUACAUUUACCAUGGAGAGUAUUGGAUUCCACCAAUGCAAGUACUUCCAUCUUCUUCAACCCAGAAGAGUUAUCAAUCUGGAGCUGCUGUCUCAGAGCCAAUUAUGACUUUGCCUGCUAAUAAAAGAAUGAACACAUAUGAUGAAGGUAGUAAUGUGAGAAAAGAAUAUAGCAGAAGGAACCCAAUGAUGCGGGGAAUUCCUAUAUGUAUGGCAGUGGUUGCAGCAGUUGCGGUUAGGUUACAAGUCAGGGAUGGAGCAGUCGGUGAAUUGAAGGAACAUGUAGCCGGAUCAUUAGCGCUCUCCGUGAUUAACAGUUAUUGGUUGCAGGUUGCAUUAGCGGGUGUGAUUUGGUAUUUUAUGGGAGUAGCAAUGGUAGAACUGGGUGAGGCCAUAAGAAAUAACAAGUAAAGAACUGUAUAUCGUAUAACAGAAUAAGAUAUUAGAGGGAAAAUAAUUAGUUUCUGGUGAUGAAAACUAAAAAGAAAUUAUAGGAAAACAACAUUGUGAAAGGUUAGAAAAAGUUCAGAAAAUAAAUAAUAUUAUUAUAUAUAUUUUUUUAAUUUGUAUGUCGAAGACAACAGUUUGCAGACAUGUAUUUGGGACAA